UCAUGAAGCGAGCCUUAGCCAUACUGCGAUCCGUAAUUUGGCGUUGUUAGGUUGUCAAUGGCUCAGAAUGAAGGUGGAUACUGUUGCAGCUGUGAUGAUGGGUUACCACUGCAGGUGAAAAUGAAAACAUCGUUUGUUGGCGACGCGAGGGGACAGUGUGCGCAUCGUUGUCUUGGACAUAAGUGAGCAAGUGUGUGUGUAUGUGUGCGUGCAUGCGUAGUGUGUUAGUUUGCAGGAAUGUGUGUCAGUGUGUGUGGAUUAUGAGAAGAGCAUUGUGACCAGCCGGGAGCAGAUUUUUGCUGCAAUGACCCGUUCAAGCACUGAUUUCUGUCCCGUCCUCUGGCCUUCUGCUCCUCACAGCCCAGACAUGCACCACCUCGGCAUCUUUUGACUUCAUGAAGAUUCCUGACAUCGGUAAUGUGAUGAAUAAAUUUGAGGUCCUUGGGAUUGUAGGAGAGGGAGCCUAUGGGGUGGUCCUGAAAUGCAGACACAAGGAGACAAAAGAGCUUGUGGCCAUUAAGAAGUUCAAGGACAGCGAAGAGAAUGAGGAAGUUAAAGAGACCACGUUACGAGAGCUCAAGAUGCUCCGUACGCUGAAGCAAGACAACAUCGUAGAAUUGAAAGAGGCUUUCCGUCGACGGGGAAAACUCUAUCUAGUCUUUGAAUAUGUGGAGAAGAAUAUGCUGGAGUUGUUGGAGGAAUUGCCUAAUGGUGCACCACCUGAUAAAGUACGGAGUUACAUCUUUCAGCUGAUCAAAGCUAUUCACUGGUGCCACAAAAAUGAGAUCGUUCACAGGGAUAUCAAGCCUGAAAAUCUCCUCAUCAGCUCCAAUGAUAUCCUGAAGCUGUGUGAUUUUGGCUUUGCCCGCAAUCUCUCUGAAGGCAGCGAUGCUAACUACACAGAAUAUGUGGCGACCAGGUGGUACCGCUCACCUGAACUGCUCCUUGGAGCUCCAUAUGGGAAGGCGGUGGACAUGUGGUCGGUGGGGUGUAUUUUGGGAGAACUGAGUGAUGGGCAGCCCCUGUUUCCGGGCGAGAGUGAAAUCGACCAGCUCUUCACCAUUCAGAAGGUGUUGGGCCCCUUACCACCAGAGCAGAUGAAGUUGUUUUACAACAACCCUCGUUUCGCUGGACUAAGAUUUCCUUCUGUAAGUCAUCCUCAGACGCUUGAUCGAAGGUACCUGGGCAUCAUCAAUGGACUCAUGUUGGAUUUAAUGAAGAACCUGCUGUGCCUGAACCCCACCGAACGCUUUCUGACAGAACAGUGUCUGAACCACCCAGUCUUUCAAGGCCUUAGAGGGCCAGAGCGGCCAGCUGCCCCGUCGCCCACCCCACCUCGCUCCUCAAAGAGAAAACCAUACCAUGGAGACAACACCAUACCCAGCCGGAGCCACGCCAGUAAAAGUUCAGGUCACCGGCGCGCUAACAGCAAGGAUUGCUCGUCUCUACCACGCCAUGAGGACCUCCACCGGAGCACCGACAGCUUCCUGAACGGCAGCAACAUGCCGACCUCAUCCACCCUGAGUCCCACGCUACACCCCAAGAGCUACCAGGCUCAGACCCUGAACCGCUCGGCCUCUAGCAACAAAGACCUGACCAACAACAACCUUCCCCACCUCCUCAGCCCCAAAGAUGCAAAGGGAAAGACCGAGUUUGAUUUCAACCUGGGGCCUAAAGCUGGAGGUGCCACUGUGGGAGGAGACACCUCUACCGGCAAGUACCUCAAGUCGUCCAAACAAGGCCGCCACUCGUCCUUCCUGGAAGGCAAGACCAGCACGCUGCAGUCUGGGGACAAACACAGUCGCCAUAACUACAUGGAGUCCUCGCACGGAUCCAUGCCUUCCACAUCCUCCUCCAAAAGUUCCUCGUCCUUCCUCAGCCUGUCCAAGAGCCACGGAGCACUGAACGAUGCCAAGUCCGUAAACAAUCUGGCUGAGACACGACUCCACCUAGACGAUCCCAUGGUGGGAUCAGGCUCAGGCUCCCGGUACUUCCCGUCCAGCUGUCUGGAUCUAAACGCUGCUCCUGGGAGCCCCAGAGGCGAACGGCACGCUGGGACGGAGCGCCAGGGUCACAGCCCCAGCGGUCGGGGGAACGCGCGUCUAGAAGGGGGCACUCUGGACUCACGCCGUUCUUCGGGUCGGAAAAAGACGCCAGAUGAACCAAAGGCUACAGACACGCUGGACCCAAGCAGGGCCGCAGGAGCAGGGGGCGGCCAUGCUCACAACCUGCCCUCCCCUCAUGAGUCCUAUCCUUACGGUCUCGGCUACACCAGCCCGUUUUCCUCGCAGCAGCGACCUCAUCGCCACUCCAUGUAUGUACGAAGAGAGCGACACCGGCCACACGGCCAGGAGACGAAUUUGGUGGUCGGGCAGGGAGUGCCCACACGUGCCAGCAGCCUACAGCUCCUCUCGCCGCAGCUCCAGCAUCGCACACUCCCACGCCACAACACCAGUUCCUCUCGAGAAGAACUCACGCAAGAUCUGAGCAGGAAUGACCAGUCUCCCAAAGAGAAGCCUCAUUCUCGACCCCCGAUUAAAGAUUCUACGAGGGACAACACAGCUUCCUUCCACUCACAACGCCCAAAAAACGAGGCUGGGAUGUACCAUGACACUCAUAUGGAGGAUGGAACCUCAUCCAAGGAAAACAGAAUGAUCUACAGUGACUCGAUGCCUCGCAGAGUGGGAAGCUUUUACAGAGUCCCCUCUCCUCGACCUGACAACACGUUCCAUGAGAGUGCUGGACAGAGUAGAGUGCCAGCAGUGGCGGUGGAAAGCACAGCCAUGACAAACCACCCCAAACGUCAGACCAAUUUCGACCCCUGGAAUAAUUCAGAGGCCAUGGUCAUGAACCCACCAGAGGUCCCUAAACAAAAAGAAAAACAAGGUUUCUUUAGAGCCAUAAAGAAGAAAAAGAAGAAGUCACAGCCGACGGACGGCAACGCGGGAAGGAACCCGAGCAUCAAGAAAAGCCUUUUCCCCCUCUUUAACUCAAAGAAUAGCUUAAAGCAUAACUCAUCUGUCAAAGUGCUCCCUGUUGUCCCGCAGCCCAUGGUUCCUAGUGAGGCACAGCAAGACCAGCUAGUGAUACAAAGACCAGUCAAAUCCUCGUCUCAUCACAGCAGUCGACACCGCAACCGAGAUCGUGACCGCGAACGUGACCUGGAAAGGGAUAGGGAGCGUGACCGGGAUCGAAACCGCGAGAGGGAUCGCGAUCGUGACAACACUUGGCCGCCUGAAAAGCAGACAGAUGUGCAGCCUCAGAACCAGCCUCUGAAGUCCCUGCGGAAGCUCCUACACCUCUCCUCUCCUGCUACGUCCAAUCAGCCCCCUCCUCCCGAUCGCUCGGCAGAACUGCGCUUUCAGCCCCUCCCUAACCCCCCUUCCAAAGGGAACCUGAACGAGGCCAGAGGGCUCCCACCAGGCAGCGUCACCCCCAAUACCAAGAGCCGCAAACCCCACAACUACCCUCUGCCAGGGCAGAUCGAGUCCAGCUGGCACGUUUCUGCGCUGAAUCGGGCCGAAGGCACACCGUACCCAGACCAAAUGGCAAACAAAGGUGGGCAGAACGGUAUCGGCUUUACCAGAGCCGCCCGCGCGAGAAUGCCGAACCUCAACGAUUUGAAAGAAACGGCUCUUUAGAGGAGGAAGGCCCACUAGCGUACUCGGUUUCUCCUUUUCCUUCCUGGCUACCUAUGGAAUGCUAUUGUUCAUACAGUGGUACACAAUGCCACUUCUGGCCAGAAGGUGGCGAUAGUUAUGUCUCAGAUUUGUUUUUUAAAGCAUCCACAUUUGAUAGAAUUUGUAUUCUUGUUCAUUACAUCUGGGUUCAGUUUUCUGUUGAAUAUAUCUUAUUGAUGAUGAUAUGAAUCUAUGUAUUUGUAUAUGGAAACUUAGGGAUGGGGUACAACAACAACAAAAAAAAAUCUGUGGAAUUGUAAGAGCUUUAGUUUAUACACAAGAGAAUGUAUAAAUAUUUAAUGUGUAAUAAUUCUAUAUUUCAUGGAGAUUAUUUAAUGAAUUAUUGGUGUGUUAAUAGUUACAAUGUACAGAGUGCAUUUUAUGGUUGUAACAAAAGUACUUAUUGUUUCCGAAUUAUUUACCGAACAUUGUUUUCUGAUAUGAAUUCUCAGUGCAGACUAGGUCUAUAUUCCACACUGUCUCAUACUGCAGGUUAUUGAAUCAUCACUAUUUAAACCAUACAACAGCAUAUCAGCAACUACUGAUGCUUCCUAACCAGGUUCUGUGUUACUUUUCAUGCGAGACCAUUAAAUCCACGUCCCUUGAUGGCUAUUUGUCUCACUUUACCCGUAGCCCGUGUCUUAAAGUGUUUCUCCCCUCCCCAUGAGCUUGGCAUUCAAAACCUCACACAUCGGGAUCAGAUAGUGCUGGUUUUUAGCAGGACUUCAUUAGAGCCCAGAUCCCUGAAGAGCUGGAAUUCCUGUGAAUAAUGAAUUUCAACUGGGGCCCCCAGGGCCUCACCGUGUCUCCCUCUGCGAUCUAAACCCCACCAGCUGGUGAAUAAGUGUGACUUUGCCUGUGGCACAAGCGAUGGCUUACAAGGUUGUGAGCGUUAAGACUGUAUCUCCAUCCUGACGCGAGUUUUGCACGUACGCAUGAUUCUUUUAACAAACUGAAUAGCUGGCGGGUUUAUUUUAAUCAGUUUAACGGCAUGUUUUUGAAGAGAUAAAAGCAUUGCCUCGGGACCUGGUAAAAGGGAUUCAAAGACGUAAUGCAGUUAUUGAUCUGUUAGCGGGGAGGUCAGGUGGGAGACGCAGUGAGAUUUUUGAGCGGCCUCUGAAAUGCAGCACAUUUUCAUUCAGGCUUUCAGUGUUUGCUUUAGAUUUAUUUAUCCACUGUUUCGUUAAAUUCUAUUCUACUAAUAUAGAUUGAAAUGAGAUGGGUAUAUAAAAUAUGCAAAAUAGCUAUAUUAAGAAUUCCAGGCAUUUGAAUACCAAUGCAAACAGAGCAAUAUAUCGUGACUUUGAGGUCAAUUUAUCACCCUUCAUCGAGUUGCUUCGGAGUGUUACAUUUUUAUUCAUUCACAUUGAUUAUCACGACAGGCACUUUGCUUAACAGCUGAAGUUUCUCACUAAAUCCCCCCCAAAGAUAGUGACAGAGCAUUUUCAUUUUAAUAACUCUAGUGAAAUGUGUCCUUGAAUAUUUUUCCGGAGACACUUUUUUUUUUUUUUUUUUUUUUAAAAUUACUAUUGUUUAUCAAUGGUGCACUUUAAGCAGACAUUUCACAGGUGUUUGUGUUGAUAUGGUGUUUGAUUAAAACAGAACUUUCUAUCUAUCUAAUCUUCUACCUUACCUACCUACAGUAUAUGAGCUCUGUCUUUCACAGGACUGGAUUUGAAACUUUUAUGUUCAAGUUACACAUUCAAAUACAGUUUUUUUUUUUUUUUUGACAUUUACAUCUUUUUUUAUUAUUUAUUUUUUUUAUUCUGUUGUUUCAGCGCUAUUUCAAUGUGUUAUGCAUAAUGAAGUUAAUUUUCAGUAACAUCUUGAACUAUUUGUAUUCCAUAAAUCUUACUUCAAGUAUCUGUUAAACGUUUUCUUGGUUAAACUGCCAUGCAAUAACAAACUGUUGAUUUUUGUCUUGUAGGAAGAGAUGAGAGUUGUCUUUAAAUACGAUUGUUCGCAAAGUUUAAAAGUCUCUUUCUGGAACCUCUUGUUUUCGUGUUGCAUAUUUUCAGGUUAAUAUCAGUGACAUGAAACACUUUGUUCCUGAGUAAUGCGGUCGUAUUACAAUGAGAUUCCAUUACUCCUGGACUAACACCUUGUCCAUAAAUGCUCUGACAUCCUUUAAUCUGCAGUACAUUGGCACAGUCCGUCUCUGCGGUGCCAGGUAAUCCUCCCAUCAGCCAGCUGUUAGGACUGCCAAGAUAAAUAGUUUGGCUGUCGCCAGCUGUGGUGAGGCCGCCUGUGAGUGGUAAUCUAUGACCAGCCUUGUUAACCUGUUACAAAACCUACAUCCGCAGCUUGUAGAAUGUCACUGAUUCUGGUUUGCUAAGCCCCAUUCAUUUAUUUUUAAUGUUAUGAUUUUUUUUCCUCAUAAAAAACAACUAAUAUGGAAUCAUGCUAACAAAAGUUCUGAGAAAAACCUAUCCGUUCCCUAUCCCAGAGUACGAAAUGAUUUCAAAAACUAGUUUUAAGCACUAAAAUACUUCAAAGGGCUGCGUCUACCAACAUUUCCAUCAAAAUGAAGCCUGACAGUCGUGUAAUAUAGAGUGAAUUUAUAACACUGUUUUAAAGUUUGGGGUCAGUCUGUUUUUUUGUUUUUGAAGAAGAAAUUAAUAUUUUAUUUAGCAAGGAUGCAAUAAAAUGAUCAAAAGUGACAGUAAAGAUAUUUACAAUGUUAACAACAUUUUCCGUUUCAAAUAAAAAAAACAAAAAAAACAAAUCAGUAUAUUAAAAAGAUUUUUUGAAGGAUAUUGCAACAAUGAAGACUGAAGUAAUGCACAUUACUUCUACAAAUUGCAUUUUAAAAUGUAUAGAAAACAGUUGAAAUUGGAAUAAUAUUUUACAGUAUUACUGUUUUACUGUAUUUUUGAGCAAAUAAAUGCAGCCUAGGUGAGCAUAAGACACUUCUUUCAAAAACCUUACCAACUCCAAACUUUUGAACGGUAAUAUAUAGCUGAAUCUAUUAUCUGUGAAUAUUCUCUCCUAAAUUAAUAGAGAAUGACGUUGUAGCCAUUUGGAUUUUGAUUUAAAACAAAUCGUGUCCCACUUUACUUCUGUUCACCGUACAUACGGACUGAAAGAGCUGCCUUAAAUGUGUGUUGAAGGAUAUUUUGAAGGUGAUUUAGAGUGCUUCUUGGUCCACUGCCAUAUUGAAGUAUCCCUGCAGGUACUGACAACUCAUCUGUCAUGGUUUAAUACCCAUAGACAGCUUGUCUUUAAUUUGGCUUGUAGCAUCUAUCAUCCAAAGAGGAUGUCUGUUAGCUUUCAAGUGUCUGAGCUGUUGAAUGCAGGGAUAUAAACAUUCAGGUUCACCCCCAGAAGUGCACAGAAUUAUAGAUGAAAUAUACUGGACAUCUGAUUCUCAUAUUUGUUCAUGUGGCGUGGUAAUGACUAGAAGCUGUAUGCUCUUAGAAUGUAAUGUUUAACUCCUUUUGUUUUUGUUUUUUCAGUUUACCAUUGGACAAAUGUUUAUAUAUGCGUACGAAUGUAAGUCUUUAGCUCAAAUAAGUCCCAGUGGUCAGCUGUAUCUUUCAUGGUUAUCAAAAACAGGUCUCUCUUUUCUACUUUAGACAUUUCAUAAUGUUUAUUCCACCUUUAAGUAUUGAAAUUGCUGCCACUUUUUAUGUCUAAAGCAGUUGAUGUGCCAACUAAAGCCAUUGUGAAGUCAUGCAAGGCCAAAUGUUUACAAUCUAUCAGGAACAAGAGUUUAUUCUGUCAGAUGAGCAUCUGUCCUUUGAGUUCACAGACAUAUAUGUCAUUUUUAUUUUAGCGGACUGACUUUUGAGUCUGUCAUAGAAUGUACUAAAGACAUGUUUUUGUUUUGUUUAAAUGUUAAGACUGUUCCUAUUAGAUGUUGAUGAACUGUUUGCUGAAUUGAGAACAUGAUCCAUCCCUAAAUUGUGUCCUUACCCCUUCUGCUUGACAGGGUUGUUGUCAAAAAUCCAACCGAUCAGGAUGAGACUUCCAUUUAGACAACAGCCAUCAUUUUGGUUACAUCUUUAAGGUCCACACAGAAUCUGCAAAUUUCUUCACGUCCCUCACUGCUUGCAUGUCCGUUUGUGACACGUUUUGGCUUUUAAAUGUUGCUUUGAGUUACCAUUAAGAGUCUAGUAUUCUUUCAUAUUUAUUUCCGCCCCAAAAUCAGCACAGAUAAAAGUGCAGAUUCCGUCUGGGCCUUCAUCCAUCCAAUGAAUUGAGUCUGUAAACUGAAAGUUAUUGGCUUAUAACUUUAUUCACCGAUGCACAACAUUUAUCUCAAACGUAAUCAGCACCACUCACUCAGCACUUUGUCUAUGUCUUUUGUGAAGACUAUUUGUCUGUGUGUUCUCUUUAGGGUACAAGUGGGAAACAGCACCCUAACGUUUAAUUUAAGUCCAGGCAUGUCUGACUCCAACAGCAUUUAUAAUGUAUAUUCUGCUGUAAUUAAUAACAAUUAAAACAAUGUCGACCCAACUAU